AUGGGAAAACGCAAAGGACGUCGUUCGAACGCCUCGCCGACGCUGGCUGACUCCGUGACGACUGAGACGCCGGAGCCCUCGAGCGCUGGUGGAUGUUGCGGCGGUGUCAAGAGCGACGGAGGAGAUACCGCUGUGUCCUGCUCCAGCAGCGACGAAGACGUCGACGUGGUGAAUGAGGAGGUUGAAGGACAGGAAGGAUGCGCUGACGGCUGUUGUACUGAGGAAGAGGAGACUGUGGACAACUGCAGCUCCUCCAUUGGAGGCUCCAAGGACGACGCUAGUUGCUGCAAAGCUGACACUACUGAGACCGAUGGGUGGGUGGAGCCCGUGGAUGUUGCAGUGGGAAAGGUGAAAGCCGGUUGUGCCAGUACAAACCUUAAGCCAUCAAGCUGCUGCUCAUCCAAGAAGUUGGAGACCUCUGCAGUCUCUGCUGCGUCCAAGGAAGAACCAAAGAAAUCUUGUUGUUGCUCGUCGAAGAAGCAGGAGAUUACUGGUAACUCUGGUCCGCCUAAGGAACGCUCAAAGAAAGCUGGCUGUUGCUCGUCGAAGAAGCAGGAGACUUGCGGAGACUCUGGUGCGUCCGAGAAGAAACCCAAGAAGUCAGGUUGUUGCUCGUCGAAGAAGAAGGAGGAUGCGACCGGCUCCAACUGCUGUUCAUCAUCGAGGGUCCCAGAGGUUAAAAUCGAAGUCGACGGUUGUUGUGCGUCUAAGGAGAAGAAGGCGUCGUCUGGAUGCUGCUCCAGUGAGCCAGAGCUGGAAACUAAAGCUGACGAUUGUUGUGCCUCCAAGAAGGGGACAAAGAAGUCUAGUUGCAGCUCAUCGGACGCUCCGAAGACUAGCUCAAAUGGCUGCUGCUCGUCCUCUAAGACCAAGAAGAUAGCACCCGGAUCAGGUUGUUGUUCGUCCAAAGAGCAGGAUCUUCCGCAUCCGGAGAGAACUCCCAGCUUUUUGAAGCGGUUGAUGCAGUUCCGCAGCGAUCGUGGAGCUUCUCUCGAGCAACAACGACCUCAGUCUGAAGGCUCAGGACGGAAGAAGGAAACAAGUGAUUCGCUGGAGAUUCUCCGCUUGAACAUCAGUGGCAUGACAUGCAGUGGCUGCUGUACGCGCAUCGAGAAGUUCAUGAGUACACAGCGUGGUGUCACGGACGUCAAUGUGAGUCUGCUUACGAGUCGCGGGAUCUUCCAGUUCGAUCCGCAACUAGUCACGGCGAAGCAUAUCGAGGAGACAGUGGCCACCUUGGGGUUUGAGCCCAGUGUGUUGUCCAGUGACGACCUUGUGAGUGUCAUUCUGCAUCUUGGUCAAUCCGAGAGCUCCUUUAAAGCCAAGAAGUUGUCACUCGAGAUUGCUGGAGUCGUUUCUGCUGAAGAUGUUAAUGAACCAGCGGUAUCCUCAGCUUCACAGGGCAAGGCAUUGCUGGUUGAGUACAAUCCAGACGUCACAGGUGCUCGUAGAAUUGUUCGUCAACUGUCUCGGGAGUUAGGAUUUACCGUUCAAGCGUCAACUCCGCGUGCUCCAUCGGUUCGUGCUGGCGAGGAAGAAGUACGACGAUUUACAAGGCUCUUGAUGUGGAGCUGCUUGCUGUCGCUGCCGGUAAUCUUCGUCGAGUUCGUGCUCCCGGUGCUGUAUCCCUCUUCUGACAGUAAUCCAGCUGAUGUGGGACUCUGGGGUACUGCAAACCGUUUGAGCGUUAAAGAUGCUGUGGAAUUGGCAUGCGCGACGCCUGUGCUCUUCGUCGUGGCGCGUCCCAUACAUGAGAGCGCUUUCCUCGCGUUGCGUUACGGUGGGCGCGUUACCAUGGACGUUCUCAUCUCGCUAAGCGCCUGCACAGCCUACACGUUCUCGGUUUUCACUGUUGUUACGGGUGCACUGGCCAAGUCUCAACCACAAGGAGCAGUGAUUGAUCCUUCGACUGGGUUGACGCUUCCCCCGUCUCUCGUGGAGACGCCAGCUAAAGCUGAUACUUUCUUCCAAGUCACAGUGCUGCUUGUUACUCUCAUCCUCGUCGGCCGGUACAUCGAAACACUGGUGAAAGCUCGUGCCUCGAACAGUGUGGAUGCACUGCUGCGUAUGCAAGCCAAGACUGCUAUUUUGCUUGAAGAAGGGGACGAGAAGGAACAGUAUAUUGACGUGGUGCUGGUGGAACGUGGUGAUCUGCUUAAAGUCCUUCCAGGUACACGAAUUCCAACGGAUGGCGUGGUUGUUGGAGGUGCUAGCUCAGUGGAUGAGUCCAUGGUGACGGGUGAGGCUCGUAAAGUGCCCAAAGAGCCUGGGGCGAUUGUGAUCGGUGGAUCUAUCAACGCGCAGGGAGUUCUAACCAUGCGAGUAACCCACACCAUUCACGAAUCCAUGCUAGCACGUAUGGUGAGGCUCGUAGGAGAAGCCCAGGCAUCUCGCGGUGUUCGCCAGAGCAUUGCUGAUGCGGUGGCUGCAUACUUUACCACAUUCAUUAUCAUCCUAGCCGGUGUGAUGUUCAUGGUCUGGUAUUCGCUCGCUAAGCACGGAGAUGUGGACACUCAGGGCUGGGCUCCUUUUCCGUUCGCGCUGCGCUUUGCGAUCACGGUGCUCGUUAUUAGCUGUCCAUGUGCAAUUAGUCUAGCCGUGCCGACUGCAGUCAUGGUGGCGACGACUAAAGGUUCGCAGGUGGGUAUUCUCUUCAAGGGUGGACGCGCAUUGGAGGCGCUUGAAGAAGUGGAUGCUGUCGUGUUUGACAAGACGGGUACCCUCACCACUGCACAACUUGGAGUUGCUAAUGUCUUUGCCCCCCAAGACGGCGUUGAUAAGACACAACUCUGGAGUUUCGUAGCUGUUGCAGAGAAGAGCAGUGAGCACUCGAUUGGUAAAGCUCUCGUAGCGCACGCGGAGACUCAGCUCCAAGGUUUGCAGAUUGAAGAAGCACAAGGAUUCGAGGCCGUUCCAGGGUGUGGUGUCCACUGCACAGUGCGCGGUGUUGACGCUCAAGGCAGCAUUGUGGUGUUCGUUGUCAUUGAUGGAGAAUUGGUAGCUGCAAUAGCGUUGCGCGAUACAUCGCGUCCGGAAGCGAAGCGUGUCAUUGAGCAGUUAAAGCGCGAUGGAGUUCAGCCAUGGAUUGUUACUGGAGAUCAGCGCGGUAUAGCUAUGAGUGUGGCAGCGGCACUGGGCGUGCCUGAAGGCUCUGUGCUGGCUGAAAGUCUGCCUCAUCAGAAGGUGGACAAGGUGCGCUUGUUACAGAGUCUGGGUCUGCGCGUUGCAUUUAUUGGAGACGGUGUGAACGACGCGCCAGCGCUGGCAACGGCCGAUGUCGGUGUCGCACUUGGAGCUGGAACUGACGUGGCGCUCGACGCUGCCGACGUUGUGCUGGUUAAGGACGAUCUGCGUGAUCUACUCAAUGCCCGAGCGCUUUCGAGUGCUACCAACCGACGGAUCAAGCACAACUUUGCGUGGGGGUUCAUGUACAAUCUACUGAUGAUGCCCAUCGCGUGUGGUGCGUUGUAUGCUCCGCUCGGGAUUUGGAUCCCUCCAGCCCUCGCUGGCCUGUCGGAACUGCUAUCGUCCGUGCCGGUGAUUCUCUUCUCACUGCUACUUAACCUUUGGAAGCCGCCAUUCGGUGGUGACUGGGGACUACAACAGCAUCAAGUAGCUAUCGACGUGACGGAGUCGACGCCUCUGCUGCAGAAACAUAACUAA